AUGGCAAGCUCAUCGACGAGCUAUAUGCAGCCUACAUCGCAGAGCAGUUCAUCGUCAAGCCAAAGCCCCUUACACCAACCAACCGUCGAAGACAACACCGAUAGCGACUCCGAUAGCGAUGAUCCUGUCGCAAGGCAUAUGAGGAACGAGGCAUUGAUUGCUGAGGACCCUCUAGAGCUUGAUGGCGAGCAGAUGGUAUCAUUCAAGCGCAAACAAAAGCAAGGUUCUGCAUCGAGGUUUCUGUCGGCAUUUUCUGGCAGUGGUGCCUCGUCACAACAAGCUACGCCUUCCCCCAGAUAUGGGUCUCCGAAUCCCAACGGAGGCCGGCCGCAGAACUUGGUGUUAGGCGUUGGAGGUACGGAUAGCCUAAAUAAUGCCCAGCCAAAAGAUGGAGGCCCACUGGACUGGAAUGUUGAGGGCCCGGGUCGAAGAGUCGGAUAUGAGGAUAUGACUGCAAUUGAUUGGAUUUUCGAAUAUACCAAGGAACGACAACGGCUUCGCAUGCUAUACUCGAAGGCUACUGGAUUGUUAGGCUACGUCCAGAAAUCACUGGAUGCCAGUCAAAUAUGGGUUGUCCUAAUUCUGACUGGACUUGCCGCGGGUGUUCUCGCUGCAACAAUAGACAUUGCCAGCGACUGGCUUGCGGAUAUAAAGACGGGAUACUGUACUGCAGGAGAGGAUGGCGGGGGCUUUUAUUUAAACAAAUAUUUCUGUUGCUACGGGUAUGAUGGGAUUGCACAAUGUCGGGAUUGGGUCCCAUGGAGUCUUGCGUUGCAUAUUACGUCUGGUGGGGGUAAAUGGUUUGUAGAAUAUUUCUUUUAUAUCGCGUUUUCGAUACUUUUUGCUAUUUCUGCAACUGUCUUGGUAAAGGAAUACGCCGUGUACGCAAAGCACAGUGGGAUUCCCGAGAUUAAGACGGUGCUGGGAGGCUUCGUCAUCCGGCGUUUUAUGGGAACCUGGACGUUAGUUAUAAAGUCCCUUGGACUGUGUCUUGCAGUUGCAUCUGGAAUGUGGCUGGGAAAAGAAGGUCCACUUGUCCAUGUUGCAUGCUGUUGUGCCAACCUUUUCAUGAGGAUUUUUCCGAGCAUCAAUGGGAAUGAGGCUCGCAAACGGGAGGUUCUCUCUGCUGCGGCUGCGGCGGGCAUAUCCGUUGCGUUUGGCUCUCCAAUCGGAGGGGUCCUUUUCAGUCUCGAACAACUAUCUUAUUAUUUCCCGGAUAAGACCAUGUGGGAGAGCUUUGUUUGCGCCAUGACAGCUGCCGUAACGUUGCAAGCAUUCGAUCCAUUUAGAAGUGGAACGCUUGUUAUGUAUCAAGUAACCUAUAGUGCUGGGUGGCAUGGUUUUGAGCUGAUUCCUUUUGUAAUACUGGGAAUAUUAGGGGGCGUUUAUGGAGGGCUGUUCAUCAAAUUGAACAUGAAGAUCGCUCAAUGGAGACAAUCUACCGGAUGGCUACCUGGGCCAAUUAUCCAAGUCCUCCUCGUCGCGCUCGUUACCGCUCUUGUCAACUACCCCAACCUUUAUAUGCGAGCACAGUCCUCCGAACUCGUGUACUCUCUUUUUGCGGAGUGCUCUAAAGUACGCGAUGAUCAGUUUGGGUUGUGCAAGACUGGAGCUGGUUCGGCUAGCACCGUACUCUUACUGCUCUUUGCCGCCAUACUAGGCUUCUUUCUAGCCUCAAUCACGUUUGGCCUUCUGAUACCGGCAGGUAUCAUUCUGCCUUCCAUGGCUAUAGGUGCUCUCGUUGGGCGAGCCGUCGGAAUUAUCAUGGAUAUCUGGGUCCACAACCACCCGACCUUUUUCCCAUUCGCAUCAUGCCAACCAGAUGUUCCCUGUGUCAUACCGGGAACAUAUGCGAUUAUCGGUGCAGCGGCAGCACUUGGUGGCGUUACUAGAAUGACAGUGUCGAUCGUCGUAAUCAUGUUUGAGCUCACUGGAGCUCUCACCUACGUUCUCCCCAUCAUGAUUGCUGUCAUGUUCAGCAAAUGGGUAGGAGACGCAUUUGGCAGACGCGGCAUCUACGAAAGUUGGAUCCACUUCAAUGGGUAUCCUUUCCUCGACAAUAGCGACGAAACCCUCAUCCCAGAUAUACCCGCCAGCCAAAUCAUGACUCGGAUUGAGGAUCUCGUUGUCCUUACAGCAACGGGGCAUACUAUAAAAUCCUUAAGAGGCAUCCUCGCAACACACCCCUAUCGCAGCUUUCCAGUGAUCUCAGAACCACGAGAAGCUAUACUGCUAGGAUACAUCUCCCGGGCAGAACUAGAGUAUAACCUCCAUACUUCAACCCAACCCCCACGUUCACUUUCCCCAGAAACAGAAGCCUACUUCUCGCAUCAGCCCCUCGCCGACCCCCGGACGACGCUUGACCUCCGACAAUGGAUGGACCAAACGCCACUCACCCUCCCCUCACGCUCAAGUCUCCUUCUCACCGCGAACUACUUCCAAAAACUCGGCCUACGAUACGUCCUCUUUAGCGACCGGGGUGUUUUGCAGGGUCUUCUUACCAAGAAAGAUGUAUGGUACGUGCUGAAUGGGGCGGAGGAGACGAGGAAGACGGCUGGCAUAGUUAGGACUUCGGACUUGGGCGCGGAUGAGCAUGGUGAGGGGAGGGGCUUGUUAGAUAGCAGUCGAGAAAAUAGUGAGGAUGGGACACAGAUUAAUUCUGGGGAUACGCCGAUUUUAUGA